AUGUAUGAGAACCCCUUCUCCUCAGCCGCUGGCCUAGUCCUUCGACCGCUCCGCUGUACAGCUGUACGCAUCGAGGGCGUGCCCCACUCCCAAGUAUCACUAUCGACCGCUAGAGGGCUGUGUCAUCCUCGCCGACGUCAAUGUACUGUCAGCGAAAGAGAAAGGAAACGGGAUAGGCGUCAGUGGUCGCAAGCAAGACGCCGCGCAGCCACAGCGUGUGUGCCAAGCAAAAAAACAAAAAGCAACUGUUUUAUUAGUGAUGGUGUAGUGGACCAGUGA